CUCGGCUCUCUCUGAUUGGUCGCGGUUUCUCAGAUCAAGCCCCGCCCCUGGCCCUUGGACUGUCCAGAGCUCCCCGAUCCGGGUGAUACCUGAAGAGCAAAAGACUGUGAGAUGGCUGAGCGGCGGGUGUCUCGCUGGUACUUCGGGGGUCUGGCCUCCUGUGGGGCGGCGUGCUGCACUCACCCGCUUGAUUUGCUGAAGGUACAUCUACAGACGCAGCAGGAGGUGAAGAUGAGAAUGACUGGUAUGGCUAUUACAGUCAUUAAAAAUGAUGGCUUUUUAGCGCUGUACAAUGGGCUGAGUGCAUCGCUGUUCAGACAGAUCACAUACUCCUUGACGCGUUUUGCAAUCUAUGAGACUGUGCGUGAUCGUCUGUCCCAGAACAACAACGCCCCACUCCCAUUCUACCAGAAGGUGCUUUUGGGAGCGUUUGGUGGUUUUACAGGGGGGUUUGUGGGAACCCCAGCAGACAUGGUCAAUGUCAGGAUGCAGAAUGAUAUGAAAUUACCAGUACAUCUGAGACGCAACUAUGCUCACGCGAUAGAUGGCAUGUUCCGAGUUGUGCGAGAAGAGGGAUUCAGGAAGCUUUUCUCGGGAGCCACCAUGGCAUCCAGCAGAGGAGCGCUGGUGACUGUAGGACAGCUGGCAUGCUACGAUCAGGCAAAGCAGUUGGUUUUGAACACGGGUUAUAUGUCUGAUAACAUUUUCACACACUUCUUAGCCAGCUCCAUUGCGGGUGGGUGUGCUACAUUCCUUUGCCAGCCACUGGAUGUCAUGAAAACACGACUCAUGAAUUCCAAGGGGGAGUACAGGGGAGUUGUCCAUUGUGCGAUGGAGACUGCAAAAUUGGGACCACUGGCAUUCUAUAAGGGUCUUGUUCCUGCCGGCAUCAGACUUGUACCACACACCGUUCUGACCUUCGUCUUUCUCGAACAAUUGAGAAAAUAUUUUGGGAUCCGUGUCCCUGCAUAAUAUUGGCCUUGGGAGUUGCUGGCUAAACCCGCCGUUUUCUGUCUCGCAAACACUACUGAUCAGGGAGUGAGGAUGCCGGAGUGUUGUCCCCCUAAUGAUCGCUACACUGUGGGAGGAUGCAAUUGGCUUUGGUGAGGCGGAUCUCCACAAUGAAGAGGAGCAGAGACUGUUUCAUAGCAGGACUAUUCGUGUAAAGUAGACUUCUCCAGCCAAUCAGACCUUAGACUUUGGUUUAAAAGCUCUGACCUCUGGCCUCGGAGAAUAAAUGAUUUCCCGGACAAUGCCACUAAAUUUCCUUUCAAUAGCCUUUUGUCAGACAAAGCACACGUGAGCCAUUAACCAAUCAAACUGAACUAGCAAUUGCAUUUAGAUGCAACAUUUGCCCAGAGCCACAACAACUAAUUUUGCUAUGUCUGUCUAGUGCAAUUUAGACUAAAGUAGACCCUACUUGUGCUUAAGUGUAAAUUUGUACUUGAAUACGAAGUUUCUGAAUGACCCCUAUUGUGUGCAGUGCAUUCUCUGUGCUCAUGAGCUGCCGAUAAACUUCACUGCAUACUUACUGUGAUUAUUUUUAAUUCUAUUAACUGUAAUCUUGCAUUUUUUGUUUUGUAUAAAUUAGAAUCAUGGACAUUUUAAUAUAAAUCUAUUUAAUAGAAUUGAGUAACAAUGUGGUGAUCAGUUUUUAAUAAAUACUGUUCUGAAUGUUGCAUAUCUAGAAACUUGAAGUAAACAUAACUGUUUCACUGUACAUGAAUAAAAGUAACUGUUUCUUGA